CAGCCGGCUGUGAGUCUGACACGAGCAUGAUGAAGUAACGUCAUGCAGUGGCGCCGCCGCCGAUUCGCGUUACCGCAAUUUUGGCACUUCUCGCUCUCCGUAGUGCGAUGAGUUGUGUCCAGUGUCUCGAGUGAUUCUGCUGCUCCAGCUUAGUCUGGUGUAUGGGAUAUGUUCCAGACCCCCUUCCGCAUUUUGUCUUCCGCCUGUCUGCUGCAUGCCACCGUACCUGGAGUGUGGAUUAGUGUGCGGAGAAUGUUCUACGCUGUGAGGAGAGGACGGAAUCCGGGAGUCUACAACACGUGGGAUGAGUGUAAGGAACAGGUGGAUCGCUUUCCAUUGGCCAGAUAUAAGAAGUUUGCAUCAGAGGACGAAGCCUGGAAGUUUGUAAGGGACACUGAGAAAGCCCCCUCCAGUUCUAAAGAAAGUAACAGUGAUGUGCAGAACUCGCCUCCACAACAGGUUCAUCAUGAGAAUCCUCCUUCACGGGUCAAAAGACCAUUUCUUCAAACAGCAAGCUCUUCUGUUGGUGUGUCAACUCCUAAACGGAUCAAGCUCAUCGAUCCCAGCUCCCUGCCUUCUUACAAUGGAGAAUUCACUCAUAUGGGCGAUGCCAUAGUUGUGUACACUGACGGCUGCUGUUCACGGAAUGGACGACUUAAGGCACGAGCUGGAAUUGGUGUUUACUGGGGUCAGCACCACCCUCUGAAUGUGGCGGAAAGGCUGGAAGGGAGGCAGACAAAUCAGCGCGCGGAGAUACUGGCAGCAUGUAAGGCGUUAGAACAGGCCAGAAGUCAGAAUAUCGCAAAGCUGGUGCUAUACACGGACAGCAAGUUUACAAUAAAUGGUGCCACUAAGUGGAUACAUUCCUGGAAGAAAAAUGGCUGGAAGCUGGCCACUGGUAAAGACGUCAUAAACAGAGAAGACUUUGAAAAACUGGAGCAUCUUGCACACGGAAUUGAUGUUAACUGGAUGCACAUUCCAGGCCAUGCUGGAUUUCAAGGAAAUGAAGAAGCUGAUAAACUUGCCAGAGCAGGAGCCCAAAAAUCAUCCUUAGGAACCAGCUAACCAGGAUAUAGACUUCUGCAUGUAUAGAGCAAAAUAAACGAACACUCAGUGAGGGCUUAUGUUUUCCAUUAUGUAUCUUUUAUAUUGAUCAUUGUCAAGUCCAGCACCCAAUAAAUCAGUGGUUCUCAAACUCUGUCCUGGGACCCCAAACAGUUCAUGAUUUCCAGGUGAUCUAGCAGGUGCAAAGGUAUAUUCAUUACUCACUGACACAAGAAGAUCCAUGAAACUAAUUAUUUCUCUUGUGAUUCUGUGAGACGACCUGGAAAACACGAACUGUUUGGGCUCCUGAAGACAGAGUAUGAGAACCUAUGCACUAAAUAAUUAUUAGGUCUGACUAACUCCUUACGAUUAUGUAUUGCUUUAAUUACUUGCAAACUAAGCACACCCUACUGUUCUAUGUCCAGUAGAGUAACUUUUUUUUUUUCGUAUCAUUUUUUUUUUUUUUUUUUAUAUAACUGUAUAACAUUGAUCCUGUAUGGACUAAAGCCCCAAAACAUUGUCUGUAUUCAGGUCUGGGGUAAUCCGUAAUGUUAUCCAGUUGAAUCUACUGAACCAGAAUGUCUAGUUUCUGUAUUACUUUUGGAUCAUUUUAAGGUCUAUUUUAUUAAUGGAAUGUAAAUAGUACAAGUGUGUAUAUUUCGCAAAUACUAUAAAUUAUGGCACAUUUUUGUUAUGUACGUGCUGAUUUUUGAAGUUUGAGCUUAAAGCUCCUAGGGGUCAAUCCAAUUUUCCACGAGUACAUUGCGGCAUGAGCAAGUGUGGCUGUAUGCCGCACUUAUGAUGCCAGUGGAUGUUUCCACACUACAACAGCAACUUGCCCCCUCGUGUGUCAUUGGUUUGAGCCCCUAAAGUGUUAUGUUUUUUUGUUUUUUUUAAAUUUAUAUAACCUUGUGCAGAAUCAGUGAUGCAGGUCUGUUUUUCAUCCACAAAUUGUGCCAUAAUGGCUGUAAUUUCUGCACUGAUGGGAAUGGCUCUAGCCCCAGGUCAUAGACAGGUGGCAUGUUGGCUCAAUCUGCUGGUGAAGAUAUUGACACAAUUUGUUGUGGUAUUCAAUCUAGAAUAGGACAAAGAAAGCUUAAUUAAAAAAUAUAUAUUUUCAUUUUAUUAAACAGGCAUAUAAAA